CAAAAAAAAAAUUACUGUCAAAUUUGAAGAUGUUAUCAAACAUGGCGUGCUAUCAAUGCGUAAUUUUAUUCUGUUUACAAUGAAAUUUUCAUAAGUUUAUUUUCAUCUAGAUAAUGUGAUUAGUGAAAAGGGUGAGUGUUGAAUGUCGGCAGUGUGUCAUCGAGGAGUAGGGCGCGCGAGCCCAUGUGAGUGCGGGGCGCAGGUCGUGCCGCGGGCGGCCGGGUGAGGCCGAGGGCUAUGCAAGCGGCGCCGACGCGCUACGUGUCUGCGAGCGAGUUAUACUCGACCGACGAGGUGGAGCUGUUGCUGGAAGAAAUCCGCGAGCUGGAGCCGACUAGCUGCCGCGGUGAGGAAGGGCAAGACUUGGAGAUAGCGGGCAGCUUCGGCGGCGGCCGCUCGCCUGCUGGUACCGAACUCACAGAGCGCUCGUGGGAUUCCCACGCGCACUACUCGCGCGCGCCGCCGCCGCGACCUCAGCCGCUCGCUCCGGUCUACUGCCGCCCGCGAUACUUUUGUUCUUCCUUUGGGGCUCUCACGCUGCUUCUUGUUGUGUGUAGUGGAACAGUGUGUAUAUUGGUGUGGGCAGCACUGGGCCUGAGGGGUGCAGAGGCAACAAGGCCCCUGAUGUUUGGUGCGCUUACUACAUUCUUGGCACACACCCUGCUGCUUGUCCUACACAUAACAGCGCUUACAGCUCUAUUUCCAUUGGAUUUCUCAAAAUGGAGUGGAUGGCUAGGGGCAUGGAGUGCUUGCUGGCUAAUGGUCGGCGCCGGCUUGGCCUUGCGACCUCUCACCGAUGUGCGCUUCCUAUACUCUCCUGCACUCAUUUACUCUGCAGUGGGCGUGGGCGGGGCCGGUGCGUGCGCGGGUGCUGCACUGGCGUGGGUAGCAUUGCGCGCGGGGUGCGUGCGCGCAGGUGGCACGGUGAGGGGAGGCUCACGACGAUCCUCAGGUCCAGCCGCCUACCGCGCCGUGCCGCAAGCGUCCAGCUCCCGAGACGACCCGUUAUAGUGACGCGCCACGCUCACCGACUUCUAGAGCCGGUGGAAGGCUGCGCCUCGACUCUUUGCCGCCUUGGCAAGAAUUGACGUAUCGUCGGUACCGACUGAACGCUACGAAAGUUUUAUAUGUUUUAUAGACGUUAGAGUUUUAUAGUUGAGGAAGUGGCUCCAAAUGAAAACGUUACGUCUCCUCGUCUGGUCCGUGGCGGGUUCGACAGUAGGGUGUGGGACGUGUUCUUAAACUGCCAUUAGAUGUCGCGAUCUCACCUUUUUAUAAACUUUUUUGAUCUCUAGUCUCAACCACCGAUGAUUGUUUUUAUAUUCUCUAUCUGGGAACAAUAAUCACAAUCCACAUACUUCUACCUAUUAUAUGAAACUUCCCCCAUAGGGAUAAUUAUUUUAGUGUUUACUAAUUUCAUUCACAAGUCUGAUUUUAUUCUAGUCAGUACUUAAUUAAGCAUUUCUGUAUAAUAGUAAUUUGCACAAAUUAGAUAGAUGCCUAUUUGUAUUCUCAUUGCUUUAGAUUCUAAUAUGUUACAAUGGAUUCUGGAUUCCCCACAGCAUUCAAGGGAAAUACUGCCACAUUAUGACGUGCCAGUUGGCAGCACAUCAUUAGAAAGCAGUCAUAGUUCAGAACUUAUAAUUUAUAAGACUUGUUAUAAAAGCAGUGUUUAUUGUAAUUGUAAAACUAGCAUUUACACAAAGGUUUCUUUUUGUUUAAGCGAUAUUUGUAUUUUUUGCGGUAAAUUGAGUAGUGUUAAAUGUAAUCAGUUAAAAUGAGAAAGAUAUCUUGCUAUAUUGUGUCAAAGUUCAGACCGGCCUUAAUAUUUUUUUAUAAAAACAUGCAUGUGGUGUUAAAAUCCACGUGGUCUAUUUGAAUUUAAAAAAUGUUUGAAUGUGAUGUUUUCCAUAAUAAUGAAUUUUGACUAUAGCAAGAUAUAAAAUUUAGGUGAUUGACGUACAUUCCGUAGAAUAAGCAAGCCCGAUAUAUACAGUAAGUGUAAUUGUUAUAUAUUUGUACCGUGUGUCGUACUCGCGUCAUGAGCUUACAUUAGCACUAUUCGUCGACCUUAGGCCGGCGCCUCCUUUAUCCGUGCUCCAGUCGGUUCGGGACUGCAGAGGGGCAAAGUCUAUAGUGAAACAGGUUUGAAUUGAGUACUAAAUGUAAUCAUUGAUGUAACUCCAGUGAGAGCAUUAUUUUUAUAUAGUAGUGUACAUAUCACCACUUUUGUAACUUCCUACACGAAGUCGGUUUGUCGUACGAGUCUAGUCACGUUCGCGUUAAGGUAAUUUAUUAAACACUUGUUACCGUACACCGCUCGCCGACCGGCGGCUUAGCGCACAACCUCCCCGUUGUCAUGAACCAAACGCGUGGUGGGCGGCCGCGAGUGUCGUUUUCUUUUAACUUUGAAUUGUAAUUCUAUUAAUAUAUUAUAUGGUUUUUAUACUA